UGUCACCGUGUUAUUGUUCCCCUCGUGUGCAGACGUUCACGUGAAGCGCGGUUUCUCCUCAGUUCGUUAAACAAAUGUCCGGCAUGCAUUUAACUCAUAAACUAGAGCUUUUUCACGACCUCAGAGUGACUCAAAUGCUUUUCAAGGAGGUCAAAAAUGCCGCGGAGUUGCGACAGAGUGCGAUGGCGGGUAAAAUAAAUGGUGCCUUGAUCAACCCAACGAUGCUGGUGAAUUCUUUCCAAGUGCUGGUAGCUGCCAAUAAGGCUGUUAAUUUACAGAAAAACGGGAAGAUGAAGACAAGAAGUUUAUACUCAGAAAUAAUCUUCAACCUUUCACCUACUAAUAAUAUCUCAGAGGCGUUUAAACGGUUUGGAAUCUCUGAUGGAGAUGAAUCUGUCCUGGUGGUUUUGGUUCACAACGAAGACGAGUCACAGCUUCUGUCAGACAUCGCAGCCAUGGUGAACGGACAGCAGGUUCCAGUUGAAGAUGUUCCCUCGCUGUCAGACCAGGAAAAAAUCAAAAAGCUGUAUAAAGUCACCCCCCAAGAGGAGAAGUGCGGGACACUGCUGGACGCAGUCAUAUGUAGGAUGGCCACCAAAGAUGUCAUGUAGCUACAGCUGGAAGGACGACCAGCACAGGACUUUUUUGCCUUUUUUUCUUGAGAUGUUGAUUUUCUGCUGUUGAUGUUAUUCCACCACUUUGUGAAGUCCCGAAACUGCACUCCAUGCAAAUCACAUUUUAUGUACGUCAAGCUUAUUUUCCACAUAUCUUUUCGUGGACGUUACCUUCUUUCCUCCCGCUUGCAUUUUCCAUAUAAUUGUCAAACAUGAGGAAAAAAGUUUGCGAGGCAGUUGGGGGAAGUCAUAUCUCUUUAUUUAGCAUCAUUUGGAAUUUCUGCAGCAUAUUCCUGUUACUCAGUUUGUCCUUUGAACCUUUUUCAGUGGCAUUUAUCUUUGUCUUUGAAAGUUGAAUGUGUGCUCUGAGUUUUUUUUUUUUUGACAGCAGGGUUUCAUGCCAGCAGCUGGUGAAUAAUGAAUCCAAAGUGCUGUGGGCCAAAUAUCAGUUAGAGCUCACAGGGAUUAAAAAAAAAAAACACAUCCACUGACAUGAAAGAUUCAGACUCGAGCCAAAUUUCAGUCAAACCCUGUUAGGGUUUGAGGACAAGAAUAUUAAAUGCACACGUUGUCUAAAGCA